ACCCCAGUUUACAGGGAAAUAAACCAAAUCCCAGCUUAAACGUAAACCCUCGCUCUGCAACAAACUUAAAGCCCCGGCACUUCCAUUGCUAAUUAUUGUCAUUUUUCUCCAACAAAAUACUGACUACAUAUACAAAAUAAUAUAUAUAUUGACUCCUUCAACUCAAUUAGGGUUGCAGAAAUCGAUAAAAAUGGAAGAGAUCACCGAAGGAGUAAACAACAUUGACAUCGCCGGCGAGUCUAACAAGAGGAAUCGAAUCCAGGUUUCCAACACUAAAAAGCCUCUAUUCUUUUACGUCAACCUCGCCAAGAGGUACAUGCAGCAGCACAACGAGGUGGGACUUUCUGCACUAGGAAUGGCUAUUUCCACGGUGGUGAGUAUUGCUGAAAUUCUGAAAAAUAAUGGAUUUGCAGUUGAGAAGAAGAUCAUGACGUCCACUGUUGAAAUCAGAGAUGAAUCUAGAGGGCGACCUAUCUCAAAAGCCAAAAUCGAAAUAGUUUUGGGGAAAACUGAAAAUUUUGACGAACUGAUGGCGGCUGGUGAUGACAGAGCUGGAGACGGUGAAGAAUAGAGUUAAAAGGUGGCGUGUUCUCUUAUUAAUCUUCUGUUUUGAUGUUUUUUAAGUAAGUAGCUUUGGUUGUGGACCGAAGUCAGACUUGCUAUUCAAAAUUCAAUUAUGUUAAUUAGACCUCGUUGUCCUGAUUAACUUUCAUGCACUGUUCAAUUUUCUCUGAUUGCUAGUGAAAAAAUAAUGUAUAUAUAGGCAAGGAUCAAAGUUUCUUGUGGGACUCUAUUUUUCGUUCUAUAGUGCAAUUUUUGUUUACUUCA